AUUUUUAGUAUUAUUCGGAUACAUGAACAUAUUGAGGGGCAAAAAAAAAAAAAAAAAAAGAAAAAGCAGGAUUGAAGAAUUCCAAUUAAUUGCUCUCCCGCCACCAAAAAGAAUACGAAAAUUCUGCUUUGAUUAUGCAAAUUUUCUCGAUUUAUUAUUCUAAAAAACACAUGUAGCGACCAGUAAGCAUGAGUGUUGCUGCAGCAGCCGUUGCGGCGGCGGAAGAAAACGCCCGCCAUGUGUUUGACAUGCGGGCCAUUGCCAACCGCUACGCGGCGCUGCUUCAGCUCUGCGAUCCUCGCCGUCCCGCCGCCGAAUCUCGAGCCCGGACCGUCCAUGCGCACAUGAUAACUUCUGGGUUCAGCCCAAAGAGCCAUAUCCUUAACCGUCUGAUUGAUAUAUAUUGCAAAUCAGCUAACGUCAACUACGCGAAGAAGCUGUUUGAUGAAAUUCCCCACACGGAUGUUGUUGCGAGAACCUCUCUGAUUGCGGCAUAUUCGGCCUCCAGGAAGCCCAAGCUUGCAAGAGAAAUAUUUGAUAGCACGCCUCUGCGCUUUCGUGAUACGGUCAUGUACAAUGCAAUGAUCACUUGUUAUUCACAUAACAACGACGGCCAUGCGGCGAUCAGAUUGUUCAAUAGUAUGAGAGCAGUUCAUUUAUGGCCUGAUUAUUUUACAUUUUCUAGUGUGCUUGCUGCUUUGGCACUUAUAGCUGAUCAGGAGAAGCAUUGCGGGCAGCUCCACAGUUCAGUGAUUAAGUCAGGGGCGAAUAGGGCAACCUCAGUUGUGAAUGCUCUUAUAUCAGUUUAUGUUAAGUGUGCUUCCUCACCCUUUGUACUGUCCUCUUCUUUACUGGAAUCAGCGAGGAAGUUAUUUGAUGAGAUGUCGGUAAAGGAUGAACUAACCUGGACUACAAUCAUCACGGGCUACGUGAAAAAUGAUGACCUUGAUGCUGCUAAGGAGAUCUUUGAUGGGAUAAAUGAGAAGUUCGUGGUUGCUUGGAACGCAAUGAUAUCAGGAUAUGUGCACAAGGGACGUUUUCAGGAAGCGCUAGAGUUGUUAAGGAAAAUGUAUCUUUCAGGAAUAAAGUUGGAUGAAUUUACUUUUACUAAUAUUCUUAGUGCAUGUGCAGAUGCUGGAUUGUUUCAUCAUGGAAAGCAGCUUCAUGCUUACAUAGUGAAAACAGAACCGACGUUUGGAGGCGAAUUUUCAGUCUCUGUCAUUAAUGCACUCAUAACAUUAUACUGGAAAUGUGGCCAGGUGGAUGAAGCGUGUAAAGUUUUUGAAAAGGCUGAGUUCAGGGAUAUCAUUUCUUGGAAUACAGUAAUAUCAGCCUAUGUGAGUAGAGGAAAAAUCAAUGAAGCAAAAUCAUUUUUUGAUAGGAUGCCUGAAAAGAAUUCCUUAACAUGGACUGUUAUGAUAUCUGGGUUUGCACAAAAUGGGUUUGGCGAGGAAGGUUUAAAAGUGUUUAACCAGAUGAGAUUGAAUGGCAUUGAACAGUGCGAUUACGCUUUUGCCGGGGCAAUCACUUCUUGCGCCGUGCUUGCAGAUUUGAAGCAUGGGACUCAGCUUCAUGCUCAGCUUUUGCAACUUGGUUUUGAUUCUAGCCUUUCAGCAGGAAAUGCUCUAAUAACAAUGUAUGCCAGAUGUGGUGAUCUCGAGGCUGCAGAGUCUUUAUUUUUCACAAUGCCAUUCAUAGAUUCCAUAUCUUGGAAUGCAAUGAUUGCAGCGUUAGGCCAGCAUGGACGUGGCGCUCAAGCACUAAGCCUUUUUAAAGAAAUGUUGGGCGAACAAAUAGUGCCGGAUCGAGUAUCUUUCCUUAUAGUUCUUUCAGCUUGUGCUCAUGCAGGUCUUGUGGAAGAAGGUCGCGACCUCUUUCAUUCCAUGUCUGAGAAUUUUGGAAUGACUCCCGGUGAAGAUCAUUAUGCUGUUUUAGUGGACUUACUAUGUCGUGCUGGGAAGUUAUCAGAAGCAAAAUCUGUAAUUGACUCAAUGCCGUUUGAGCCUGGGGCACCAAUCUGGGAAGCUUUACUUGCUGGUUGUCGAAAUCAUCGAAAUGUAGACUUAGGGGUCCAAGCAGCAGAGCACCUAUUCAAUCUGAUUCCCCAGCAUGAUGGAACCUACAUUCUUUUAUCAAACAUGUUUUCAAACUCUGGUCAUUGGGAUGAAGCAGCUAAGGUCAGAAAAUUAAUGCGAGAGCGUGGAGUAAAGAAAGAGCCUGCUUGUAGUUGGAUUGAAGUUGAAAACAAGGUGCAUGUGUUCUUGGUCGAUGAUACUAUACAUCCUGAGAUGGUGGCAAUUUACAGCUAUCUGAAGGAAUUAGGACAGAGAAUGAGGAAACUGGGUUAUGUUCCAGAUACUAGAUAUGUAUUGCAUGAUAUGGAGUCUGAGCAAAAGGAAUAUGCUUUGUCUACUCAUAGUGAAAAGCUUGCUGUUGUGUAUGGGCUCUUGAAACUUCCUCCUGGAGCCACGAUAAGGGUCUACAAGAACCUUCGUAUUUGUGGUGAUUGCCACAAUGCGUUUAAGUUCAUGUCGAUGGCAGAAAAUAGAGUUAUUAUUGUGAGAGAUGUGAAGAGAUUUCAUCACUUCAGAAAUGGUGAAUGCUCAUGUGGUAAUUACUGGUGACGAGUGAUCCGUUUUCCCAUAUCUGCUGGUCUGAAGUCCUGUAUUGGCUAAAGGCAUGGUCUCAUCCUCAUGCUAGAAGAUCCAAAAAAGGAUCUGAAGCCUGUGCUCGAUUAUGAAUAGGCUCGGAGUUUGGGUGUUCAAGCUGGUGGAAAGCUUUGGGUUGUCUCGCCAAUGAUCUUUCCAUCCUUGCCUGAAAUAUGUCCCAAUUGAUGUUGAGCCACAUAGGCGUCACUGAUUUUGGGAAUGGAAGGUUGGACAAAGAGUUAUUUCAGUAGUACACUUGCAUCCAAGCAAAAGAAUUUUGCAAUAUCUCCAGGUAAUAUCUGAUGUAUGAUUGCACCAAGGAUCUCAUUCUUUUAUCUCACUGACCGCUGAUAGGUUGUUACAUCCACAUGUACCUUCACGUAAUUGCUCUCUCCGAAUGUUUAUAAGUGAUUAUAAAUAAUCUUCAGGUUUCUACUCUUCAUGAACAAAGUUCAUUGAUGGUGUUCAACCAUGGGGAACUGCAAUCCCUUGUUCUUAUUUGAGCUUUCUUGAUCACUGUGUCCAAGGAUCACUGGUUCACGUGGUUGCCAAUUCAAGAAGGGAUUCCGUCACUGUUGAGAUCCUAUCGUAUCCCUCAUCGGAAGGGUUUAAAGUUACAACACUUCUGUAAGGCAGUAACUAAAAUCAGGCGGCGACAUGCUCAUGCAUUGUGGAUUUGGUCUGAUUGAACCCUGAUCAUGGUAGUGAUCCAUGGCUUUGCGGUAUUAUGAUAGAGUUAAGGAAUUACAAAUGGAGAAGAUGCUCCUCUUCUAGGUUUUGGCUUAUUGUAAGGAUGGCUGGUAUCGGUGGCAGUUAGCACUAGCACAUUGUAUGCAGUAUACAGGAUAUCAAAUUGGUUAGACACCUAUACAACAACUAGUCGUUAUUCCACUUUGUUAAGUUGGAAAUAUGCAUCAUCAUGUGGACUUUCUUUUCGACUUAGUGAUGACAAAGAAAUGGAGAAUAAUUUAAGGAAGCAAAACUGUAUUACUAUGUUUGUGUUCCUAUCGGAUCUCUAAUUUAAUGGGAAAAUAUGUUUUUCUUGGC